AUGGGCACGAUUUCACAAGAUCAUGCCAAGUUGGACUCAGACACAAUUGCAGAUGCCGAUAGGUCGUUGGUCGAAGCAGACCCCUUGAUAAAGGUGAAGUCCAUUAUUGCAGAAGUUCAAGGCAGGUUCAACUACACUGUGAGUUACCGCAAUGCUUGGUUGGCAAAGCAGAAAGCUGUCGCAAAAGUUUUUGGUGAUUGGGAAGUUUCUUACCAGACUCUGCCAGUGUGGUUGAAAGCAAUGACAGUGAAGAUGCCAAGGUCUCGUGUUGAUGGCACGCACCUGUACGGAAAAUAUAAAGGUGCACUUCUGGUAGCUGUUGCACAAGAUGGGAAUCAAAACAUUGUGCCUAUUGCAUUUGCGAUUGUCGAGGGCGAGACAGCAGACACGUGGGAGUUUUUUCUAACCAAUUUGCGGAGAUAUGUUGUUACCAUUGAUGGUGUGGGUAUUAUUUCUGACCGCCAUACCUCCAUCGACGUUGCAAUAGCUCGCAGUAACGGUGCAUGGUCACCACCAAGGGCGUGGCACAUGUACUGCAUCAGGCACAUUGGGUCCAACUUCUUAAGGAGGUUCAAGGCUCCAUAUUUGCAUAAACUCGUGGUCAGCACAGGCUAUUCUAGGACGGAGCAGGAGUACAACAAAAACUACCAAAGGCUUAAAGAGCGGGGUGAGGCAUAUACUCAAUGGUGCGAUGAGAUCGGUGUUGAGAGAUGGGUGUUGGCAUUCGAUGGUGGUCAUCGUUGGGGACAUAUGACAACAAACUUGGUAGAGUGUAUAAAUUCUGUCUUAAAGGGUGCACGCAACCUUCCUGUGACUGCCCUUGUCCGGUCAAAUUUCUAUCGGCUGAAUGAGUUGUUCACUCGGAAGAGUACUGAGGCUCAUGACCGUCUUCGCAACGGAUUCACGUAUUCAGAAUUUGCAACGAAGAGAGUUGAAGAAAGCUUCCGACGUGUAGAAAAUAUUGUGGUCAACCGGUUCAACAGGCGCAACGAGAUGUUUGAGGUCCGCGAAAUGCAAGAUGGUACCAUUUACACUGUUAAUCUUGCGCAACGACACUGCAACUGUGGCCACUUCCAGGUUGAGCGACUUCCAUGUCGCCACGUGCUUGCAUGUCGUGCUAACCAGCGUCUUGAUUGGCAAUUGUACGUGCACGAUGUGUACAAGAUGUCUCAAAUUUACAAGGUGUACAGAGGCGAGUUUGUUCCGAUGGGUGAUCCAUCUACGUGGGAUAGAUAUGAAGGAGCGAAGGUAAUCGCCAACUGGACAUUGAGGCGCGCGACAAAGGGAAGACCGAAGUCAACCCGCUACUUGAAUGAGAUGGAUUCGCGGGAUAUGCGUAGUCCUCGCCGGUGUAUGGUUUGUGGACGCGAGGGACAUAGCCGUAGCCGGUUUCCUCAGCGCGCAGGUCCAAGCUCCACUGGAGGACAUUAG